UAGCGGCGUUGUGGUGUAGUUGCAACCGUUGCAUUUUCUGGCCCUUUCAAAGUCCACGCACUCUAUGCCCUUGUCAAAUUAAGAAGCAAAUAAAAUAAUCAACCCCACAACAAACCCAUCUUCAUUUCUAUUCAGAACUCCAUUAAUCCUUCUUUCUGCAAUUCCCAGUAACAGAUCCUCUCAAGGAGAGAGAACCAUCAACCAUGGACAGAGAACCAGAGGAGCUCCAGUUCCUCGGGUUCUUUGGCAUCUACAGAGAAGCCUACAAGAUUAUCUCCUCAUGGUGGACGAUCUUCACCAAGAUCACCUUAUCUCUCAUCCUCCCUCUCUCCUUCAUCUUCUUGGCUCACAUCCAGAUAUCCGAAUUCCUCUUCGCAAAGAUCCUCCGCAACGAGGACUCCUUAGACACCACCCCAGUUGACAGCCCCAGAUACAACGUCAUCCUCGACCGCCUCUCCUCCGAAUGGACCACCUACUGGUUAUUCAAGGCCGCCUAUUUCGUCUUCGUCCUCAUCUUUUCCCUCCUCUCAACGUCGGCAGUCGUCUACACGGUUGCCUGCGUCUACACCGCCAAGGAAAUCACCUUCAGGAAGAUCAUGAGCGUAGUCCCCAAGGUCUGGAAGAGGCUCAUGGUCACCUUCUUGUGGAACUUCAUCAUUGUUUUUGCUUACAACGUGGUCGCACUACUGAUCUUCAUUCUGACUUCCAUCGCCGUCGGACCCGGCGCUGCCAGAACGGUGGUUCUACUGGUUUUUCUGGCUGUCUACUUGGUUGGGUUGGUUUACAUCACCGUCGUGUGGCACUUGGCGAGCGUGGUAUCUGUGCUGGAAGACAGUUACGGAAUUCAAGCCAUGAUCAAGAGCAAAGCCUUGAUCAAGGGCAAGAUGUGGGUGGCUAGUGCAUUCAUCCUGUUGUUUAAUCUGGCAUAUUUGUUAAUUCAGAUUGUAUUUGAGAAGCUGGUUGUACAUGGGUGGUCAAUGGGUGUGGCGAGUAGAGUUGGGUAUGGAAUCGUUUGUGUCAUGUUGCUCUUCUUCUUGGAUCUCCUGGGUCUGGUCGUCCAAACUGUGAUCUACUUCGUCUGCAAGUCGUAUCACCAUGAGAACAUAGACCAGUCCUGUUUGGCGGAUCAUCUUGAAGUUUACCUUGGAGAGUAUGUACCUUUCAAGGGGAAGGAUGUUCAGUUGGAGCAAUAUUACGUUUGAUCUGAAAUUCAGUACAUGUAAAUUUUACUCUGCAACAUUAUAUAUCAUAUCAGUGAUGGAUGAAGAAUGUGUAUUAAUGUCCUUGUUGGAAAGUAACUUUGAAGUUCAUGGACUUUUUUUUU